AAGUAAUCAUAAGCGUAUCUACAGCAGCAGUAGUAGUAGGUGGGUGGUGCACUGGGCCGGCCCAGGGAACACUGGACAGAAGUUGUCCAUGUUUUCAUCCCAUCAGUGCUGUGCCCUCCUCACUCACUCCAGACAGACACAAACUGCUAGCUGAUAAGAAUUUUCCAUGGCUGCAAACACAAAGUCUGUACUUCUUGUUAUAUUGCUUAAUUUUCUGACAUUAUCACUUGGCACUCAAGAUGACCUUGUGAUCAGUACUAGCGAUGGGAAAAUUCAAGGGAAACUGCUUUCUGUGCUGGGUUCGGAUGUUAGAGCCUUUCUUGGAAUUCCCUAUGGAAAACCACCUGUUGGGAAAUUAAGAUUCCGAGUGCCAGAGCCAGUAGAGAAAUGGGAUGGUGUGAAGGAUGCUACCAAAUUUCCAAAUUCCUGCUACCAAAUGCCUGAUCUAGCCUUUCCUGGGUUCAAAGGUAUAGAAAUGUGGAACCCAAACACUCCUCUGAGUGAGGACUGUCUGUACCUAAAUGUCUGGUCGCCACGUUUCAACAAAACGCAGCCUGCACCACUUGCCCCUGUCUUUGUCUGGAUUCAUGGUGGUGCGUUCAUCUCAGGAACAUCAUCAUUGGACAUUUACGAUGGCCGUUUCCUGAGUAAAUCUGAAAGUGUUGUUGUGGUAUCAAUGAAUUACAGAUUGGGAGCAUUUGGUUUCCUGUCUCUUCCCGACAACACAAAUAUCCCGGGUAAUGCAGGCCUUUUGGACCAGCGCUUGGCUCUUAAAUGGGUUGCAAAUAAUAUUGCAGCUUUUGGUGGUGAUCCUUCUAAGGUUACUCUGUUCGGAGAAAGUGCUGGAUCUGCAUCUGUUGGCUUCCAGCUGCUCUCGCCGGGCAGCCAGGAUCUUUUUCAAAGGGCUGUGAUGCAGAGUGGCUCUCCCAAUGCAUACUGGGCCACAAUUAGUCAGACUGAGGCCUGGGACAGGUCUCUUAUGCUAGCAAAACUGUUGGAUUGUCCCUCAUCUCCUGCAGCUCCUCUAGAAGCUUGUCUGCAGCAGGCUGAUCUCAAAAAAAUCUCAACCAAGCAAUUUGAGGUUCUCACUCAACCAUCACUAUUAAGUCUUCCCUUUACGCCUCAUGUUGAUGGGAACUUCUUACCAGAUGCAGUUGACGUACUUCUAAGUACUGGUAAUUUUGCAAAGAAAGAUGUGAUGUUUGGCUUAAAUAAGGAUGAAGGGACAUAUUUUGUUGUUUAUGGAGUCCCCGGAUUUAAUAUCACCGGUCAGAGUCUCAUCACUAGAAAUGAAUUCUUGGCAGGCGUGCUGCUUGCAAUGGAUACUGUGAAUGAUGUCACGAGAGAUGCAGCCAUUUUCCAUUACACGGAUUGGAUGGAUGAAGACAACAGGAUGAAAAACCGUGACUCUCUAUGUAGUCUUGUUGGAGAUCAAAUGUUCAUUUGUCCAGUGCUCGACUUUGCUCACAGGCUCUCUCAACAUGGUGGUAAGCCUUUCGUAUAUUUAUUUGAUCACCACUCAUCAAUCAAUCCCUGGCCAGAGUGGAUGGGUGCUAUACAUGGGUAUGAGAUAGAAUUUGUAUUCGGAAUGCCUCUGAAUACAUCUCUGGGAUACACAAAGGAGGAAGUUAAUAUGACCAAGAAGUUUAUGAAACACUGGGCCAACUUUGCUCGUACAGGAAAUCCAGGCCUUGAGGGAGCUAAGUGGCCCGUGUUUACUGUUGAAGAGCAGAAGUAUGUCACACUGAAUUAUAAACAUCCAGAAGAAAAGACAAUGAUGAGAGCCAAAGAAUGUCAGCUCUGGAGCAAAUUUAUCCCAAAAGUCCAAAGCAUGUCAGAUAAACUGGUGUCUUGUCAUAAUGCAAGUGGGAUUAUACUCCGCUGUAAUUAUUUGUUCCUGCUCAUUUUAUUGGUUAUAACUUUAACCUACUGAUGGACUGAAGAGGCCCGUCUCCUACAAAGUUGGGCUAUUUAUGCAAAUUUACCAGAGAGAAAGGAGAUGUGGUGUGUGUCGGUGCCUGUUGUGCCAAUAUAUUGUAUCAGAGUCCCAGUAAAGCAUUGUUAAUUGUUAAUCCAACUGUGUAUAACACGCUGUAAAUAAUAUUAAAAAAAGAUGAACAAGGAUGUAAACGCAAAGUCACAAAAGAAUGGUAAAAGUCAGGCCUAGAUUUCCCUUUGAAUUACACUUGGUAACACGCCUAAUUCAAAUUGCUUAACAAUUACAGAUAGAGUUGCUCUUUCUAAAGCAAUAGAAACAUAAUCAUCAAUCGAAA